AUGAUCCUAUCUCGCCAGAUUGCAGCUUUUGCUGCCUUGAUUGCAUCUGCCUCUGCUUCCUGUUCCUGGCGGACUUUCCUAGAGCCCUAUUCCGCCAGCAGUGCUGGACACGUCCCGGUAUCUACCUUCAAUUAUACAGGUGAAGGUGGCCCGCUUCACUGGACCGGCCUCAAUCCCACUGCCAACUGGCAGUGUGGCUACGAUUCUACCCAGUCCCCCAUUGCCAUCGACUCCCAGACCAUCCGAUAUGCACGCAAAGGCACGGUCAAAAUAGAUAUUCCAACCACCAGAAUGGCAGACUUUGAGAACCUUGGAUCUACGGUCGAGGUGCCUGCCAGUGGAAAGCUCACGGUCAAAGGCAAGGUGUAUAACCUUGUACAAUUUCAUUUCCACACGCCAAGUGAGCAUCGAAUUGACGAGGAAUACUCACCUAUGGAGAUUCAUUUCGUUUUCCAAAGGGUUAAGGAGAAAUCCAUCGCCGUCGUUGGGUUUAUGGUGGAGCUAUCGCCGUACGGACGUUCUACCCCAUUGUUGACCCAAGUGUUUGCGAAUCUACAUAAGAUAUCAACUCCCGGAUCUGUCACCAAAAUAAGAAAACUGGACUUCUCCAGUGUGGCUGAUAGCUUGCACAAGAACGAUAUCUUCACCUACACAGGCUCACUCACAACUCCUCCCUGCAGCAACAAGAUAUCGUGGUAUAUUAGUGCCGCACCGCUGUCCCUUGACGUGGUCACUUUCAAUGCCGUCAAGAAGGUUGUCAAGUACAAUUCCCGAUAUACCCAAAACACUCUGGGGAGGGUGAACUUGUUGGAAGUCGCAGCAGGUGAUAUUGGGUGUGCAAAAAGCCAAAUGCGUGUUCAGUCUGAGCCGUAG